UUUCGUAAUUUCUUCGGUGACGAAAGGCCUUUUUCUUUGGAUAUUGAAGGCUACAGAUCACGGAUUCGGCCUGAGGCUAUUCUCCAACGAUGAUUGAAUCCAUUAAGCACCGAUUUGGGCGGAUUUAUUCCGGGUCAAUUUUUGGCAGAUUCCAAAGGAGUACCAUCACAGAUUUCGAUGAUUUAUCCGAAAUGCCAUUUUCUUUCGAUUCUGGAGGCUACAGAUCACGGAAUCAAGCCGAGCCUAUUCUCCACCGAUAAUGAAGUCUAUUGAUCCUAUUCUCCACGGAUGAUAUGUCCGUUAAGCAUCGAUUUGGUUCAAUUUAUUUUCAGAUGGCAUUUUCGUAAUUUCUUCGGUGACGAAAGGCCAUUUUCAUUGGAUAUUGAAGGCUACAGAUCACGGAUUCGGCCUGAGGCUAUUCUCCAACGAUGAUUGAGUCCAUUAAGCACCGAUUUGGGCGAAUUUAUUCCGGGCGAAUUUUUGGCAGAUUCCAAAGGGGGUACCAUCACAGAUUUCAGGCCAUUUAUCCGAAAUGCCAUUUUCUUUCGAUUCUGGAGGCUAUAGAUCACGGAAUCAAGCCGAGGCUAUUCUCCACAGAUAAUGAAGUCUAUUGAUCCUAUUCUCCACGGAUGAUAAGUCCUUUAAGCAUCAAUUUGGGCCAAUUUAUUUUCGGAUGGCAUUUUCGUAAUUUCUUCGGUGACGAAAGGCCAUUUUCUAUGGAUAUUGAAGGCUACAGAUCACGGAUUCGGCCUGAAGCUAUUCUCCAACGAUAUUUGAGUCCUUUAAGCACCGAUUUGGGAGGAUUUAUUCCGGGUCUAUUUUUGGCAGAUUCCAAAGGGGUACCAUCACUGAUUUUGGGCCAUUUAUCCGAAACGCCAUUUUCUUUCGAUUCUGGAGGCUACAGAUCACGGAAUCAAACCGAGGCUAUUCUCCACCGAUAAUGAAGUCUAUUGAUCCUAUUCUCCACGGAUGAUAAGUCCUUUAAGCAUCGAUUUGGGCCAAUUUAUUUUUGGAUAGCGUUUUCGUAAUUUCUUCGGUGACGAAAGGCCUUUUUCUUUGGAUAUUGAAGGCUACAGAUCACGGAUUCGGCCUGAGGCUAUUCUCCAACGAUGAUUGAGUCCAUUAAUCACCGAUUUGGGCGGAUUUAUUCCGGGCCAAUUUUUGGCAGAUUCCAAAGGGGUACCAUCACAGAUUUCGAGCGAUUUAUCCGAAAUGCCAUUUUCUAUCGAUUCUGGGGGCUACAAAUCACGAAAUCAAGCCGAGGGUAUUCUCCUCCGAUAAUGAAGUCUAUUGAUCCUAUUUUCCACGGAUAAUAAGUCCGUUAAGCAUCGAUUUGGGCCAAUUUAUUUUCGGAUGGCAUUUUCGUAAUUUCUUGGGCGACGAAAUUCCAUUUUCUUGGGAUAUUGAAGGAUACAGAUCAGGAAUUCGGCCUGAGGCUAUUAUCCAACGAUGAUUGAGUCCAUUAAGCACUGAUUUGGGCGGAUUUAUUCCGGGACAAUUUUUGGCAGAUUCCAAAGGGGUACCAUCACAGAUUUCAGGCCAUUUAUCCGACAUGCCAUUUUCUUCGAUUCUGGAGGCUACAGAUCACGGAAUCAAGCCGAGGCUAUUCUCCACUGAUAAUGAAGUCUAUUGAUCCUAUUCUCCACGGAUGAUAAGUCCGUUAAGCAUCGAUUUGGGCUAAUUUUUUUUCGGAUGGCAUUUUCGUAAUUUCUUCGGUGACGAAAGGCCAAUUUCUUUGGAUAUUGAAGACUACAGAUCACGGAUUCGGCCUGAGGCUAUUCUGCAAUGAUGAUUGAGUCCAUUAAGCACCGAUUUGGGCGGAUUUAUUCCGGGUCAAUUUUUUGCAGAUUCCAAAGGGGUACCAUCAUAGAUUUCGGGCCAUUUAUCCGAAAUGCCAUUUUCUUUUGAUUCUGGAAGCUAUAGAUCAUGGAAUCAAGCCGAGGCUAUUCUCCACCUAUAAUGAAGUCUAUUGAUCCUAUUCUCCACGGAUGAUAAGAACUUUAAGCAUCGAUUUGGGCCAAUUUAUUUUCGGAUGGCAUUUUCGUAAUUUCUUCGGUGACGAAAGGCAAUUUUCUUUGGAUAUUGAAGGCUACAGAUCACGGAUUCGACCUGAGGCUAUUCUCCAAUGAUGAUUGAGUCCAUUAAGCACCGAUUUGGGCGGAUUUAUUCCGGGUCAAUUUUUGGCAGAUUCCAAAGGUGUACCAUCACAGAUUUCGGGCCAUUUAUCCGAAAUGCCAUUUUCUUUUGAUUCUGGAGGCUACAGAUCACGGAAUCAGGCCGAGGCUAUUCUCCACCGAUAAUGAAGUCUAUUGAUCCUAUUCUCCACGAAUGAUAAGUCCGUUAAGCAUCGAUUUGCGCCAAUUUAUUUUCUAAUGGCAUUUUCGUAAUUUCUUGGGCGACGAAAGACCAGUUUCUUUGGAUAUUGCAGGCUACAGAUCACGGAUUCGGCCUGAGGCUAUUCUCCAACGAUGAUUGAGUCCAUUAAGCACCGAUUUGGGAGGAUUUAUUCGGGGUCAAUUUUUGGCAGAUUUCAAAGGGGUACCAUCACAGAUUUCGGGCGAUUUAUCCGAAAUGCCAUUUUCUUGCUAUUCAGUGGGCUACAGAUCAUGAAAUCAGGCCGAGGCUAUUCUCCACCGAUAAUGAAAUCUAUUGAUCCUA